AUGACAUCUACAAAGUCCUCAUCACACGAUAAAAAUGAAAUUGAUACUACUGGAAGAAAGCAUAUUUUCUAUGUGCAAAACGAAAAAUACCAAUCAUUAAGAAGAAGGAAUCGCGGAAACAUUAAUAAGAAUUCAUGCAAAAAUUGCAACCAAUCUAACCAAUACUUAGAGACUUUGGAGAAACGAGUCGAACAAAUAUCAAACAAAGUUAAUCAGCUUGCAAACGCGACCAACAAAAAUCAGAACUCGAGUUUAACUAAGAAUGAUUCUAUCGCCUCUCCUGAUUUUUCGCAAAUGAAUACAGAUGCACUGAUAAACAUCGUGACACAUUUGAAUACAUUUCACCUUCAUACGAAUAGAUUGAACACUGAACCCAAUGAAAUUUGGAGAGAAUUAUCUCCCGAGUGCAGUAUUGAAUUGAGCGAGAGUUGCAAACCUAACGUGACAAUAAUCCUUUCUGGAAUAGUGAAAAAUAACGAAGUACUAGCUAGAGAUAUACUACGUCGAAUACUUUCAAAUAUAUCAAAUUCAAAAUUCUCGAAUCUAGUCAGGAGGACCGGCUGCAUUGCAAGACCGAAACAAAAUAACGAUCUAACCGGAGGACAGAUACCGAUUAAACAACAAGAUUUGCCGGACGAGACAACCGAAGAAAAAUGCAAAGUCGCCAAAAAUAUUAGCCUUGUUUUAAUCACGAAAUGCGCAGUUAAUGAUAAUAAUAAGCUUUUUGAAUCUGGUGGCUUACUGAGUUACCCGUUCAGUAAUAACCGAGUAUUUGGCCCCUACGAGUGUUUCUUGACGAACAAGAGGCGAGCUUUUCAGGGAAACCCCUACCGAGUGCUCCCGAGAGAGGCUAGCUUUUCAGGGAGACCCCUACCGAGUGCUCUUGACGAACAAGACGACAGCUUUUCAGAUUCGAAAUGCGGUAAAAAACAAAGGAUCCUUUUUGAAUCUGGGCUACGGCGUUAUCCAUUCAGUACAAGUAUCUGGCCCGUACCGAGUGCUCUUGACGACCAAGAGGUCAGCUUUUCAGACCGAGUGCUCUUGACGAACAAGAG